GGUACGGAUGCCUUAACCGCGCAUCGUGCCUGGUGACAACAGAAAACAUUUUGUGCUCGCGAAUUUGUGACAGCGAAAGUGAGAAGACGGUGCGAUGCGCCAAUCCGUCGGCCGAGCGCACGUGUGUCGUUGCGUGAUGUGGCUAUUCCUUGUUGGCCUCGUACUCGUCCCAACGUCAGAAGGUCUUCAGCGCGGAUCGGACUCGAAGCACCACAACAACUAUGAACUCAAUAAAGAGCUAGAGAGAAUCAAUCAGGAAUGUCCAUCGAUCACCCUGCUCUACGAACUGAACUACCGAUCUCUCAAGGGCUGGCCGUUGACUGUCAUCGAGUUCUCGGGAAAUCCUGGAGUUCAUGAACCGCUCGAGCCGGAGUUCAAGUACGUCGGAAACAUGCAUGGAAACGAAGUUCUCGGCCGCGAACUUCUCCUGAAACUGGCGGAUGAGCUGUGCAAGCAGUACAAUGCAGGCGACCCAGAAAUUAGCCGACUAAUAAACACGACGAGGAUCCACAUCAUGCCAUCGAUGAAUCCCGACGGCUGGGACAAGGCCACUGAAGUAAGAUCCGGAAAGAACACUGCUUUCCAAGCUUUUCCUCAGUUACUCCGCUUGUGGUGGGCGAAGCGUGACUGGCUCACCGGACGAGGCAACGCUAACGACGUUGAUCUCAACCGGGACUUCCCGAACCUGAAUAAGAAGUACCACAAAAUCCGGAAUCUGAAUGAGAAUGCCAAGGCCCAUCAUUUGUUCGAUGGCAACCUUGAUCACGCCAUUCAACCGGAGACUCGAGCUGUCAUUGAAUGGAUAAUCUCGAAACCCUUUGUGCUCUCAGCAAAUCUUCACGGCGGAGCCCUAGUCGCAAACUAUCCUUUCGACGACACCACGGAUGGUUCUUCGAGACGAUACACGGCCUCCCCGGACGAUGAUGUGUUUAGGUAUCUGGCCCGAGUUUAUGCGGAUAAUCAUCCCGAAAUGCAUCUCGGGAAGUCUUGUGACGCAGGCGACGGCUUCCAGAAUACCAAAGGCAUCACGAAUGGCGCAGCUUGGUAUGCAGUCGCCGGUGGAAUGCAGGAUUUCAACUAUCUAUCUUCGAAUGACUUCGAAAUCACGUUGGAAUUGGGCUGCGACAAAUAUCCUCCCGCACACGAGCUUUCACGGGAGUGGGAGAGGAAUCGACGCGCCUUGAUCGAGUUCAUGUGGAGGACUCACCAAGGCAUCAAGGGAUUCGUGGUCGAUGCCACCACCGGCCUACCCAUCGGCGAUGCGGAAAUCUCAGUUUUCACCCUCGGUCAGGGAGGAAUCCCUCGACACAUGAAGCACGACGUCACCACCACGAAGAUCGGCGAAUUCUGGAGAAUUCUGCUUCCAGGCCAAUACACGAUCCAAGCUUCUGCGCCUGGAUAUGAGGCGCAGAGGGUGACCCUCAACGUCCCGGAUUUCAAUAAGAACAAGGGAGCUCUUACGUUCAACUUCAAGCUCCAACCCGCAGAGGUUGCUGUACCGGUCUCUGAAGACGAGAGAGACCCCGACAAGGAAUCCCUCGACAUCCUCGCCUUGAUCGCGGCUGAGGCGAGACGGAUUCGUCUCGCGAAAGAGCAGCUGCAAGGAGCGGACGGAUGAGAACUCUCUGCCACGAGCAGUUUAUUCUUGCGAAUGACACCACCGUCUCGAUAUAUCGACGCAAAAACUGACCCAUCAACCUGUUUUCCGCCCCGUAUAUAGUUUAUAGGACCGGAAUAUUUGUUUUGCCGCGUCCGGCGGUUUAGUUGUUCGAAACAGGUUUUUCUCGCUAGGCAGUCGAUUCUAUGUUCAAAGAGCAAUCUGGAAGCAGGUAAUCUCGUUUUGCCACCCUCGAUCCUGUAGAGGCGAGCUGUUGAUAUUGCUGGGGUACGAGUGUAUUCGUUCAUAAACAAUCCUGUGGAGUUCCUCCACUAGACAAAGAUUCAUGUUGGAGUUUAGGUGACAUUCUAUUUAUCGUGACUUGUGGAGUUCCAAGACCUCAAGAUCCCAUUGUGUUCUCGAAAGCAGGAUAUUCCAGCUUCCCUGCAAGGCUCCGAAAUCCUGUGUUCUCCCUUAUCGGAAGUGGUGUUGUACUAGGCAGAAAUCAUAUAAAUUCAUGUCGAACCACUGACUGAAUCAGAUUGUGACUUUCGCGUCGAAGCCUCUAAAGGAGCAAAUUGUCCAGAUGUAUGUGAUUAAAACAAUUACCUAUUUUCCUCCUAGAA